CUUCUGAAGACUCAUGUUGGGUGAGGAAGAAGCCUGGAAGCCGGGGAGGAGGAAAGAAAAGGAGUCAGGAAUGGCUCUUACUCAGGGACGGUUGACAUUCAGGGAUGUGGCCAUAGAAUUCUCUCUGGAGGAGUGGAAAUGCUUGGACCCUGCUCGGAGGGCUUUAUACAGGGACGUGAUGUUGGAGAACUACAGGAACCUGGUCUCCCUGGGAAUUUCUCAUUUUGACCUGAGUAUUAUCUCCACGUUGGAGCAAGGGGAAGAGCCCUGGACUGUGGAGAGCCAAGUGCAAAUAGCAAGAAAAUCCAAUGGAUGGAAAUGGAACAAAGGUGUGAUCACAGAUCUCUCUCCUGCAUUUGUAAUAAAAACUAUACCACCAAAAGGGAAAACGAGUGCAGGAGAAGCAUUCCAAACAGUGAUAUUGGAAAGACCUGAAAGCCAUGACAUUGAAGACUUUUCCUUUAGAGAAGUCCAGAAAAAUAUACAUGAUUUUGAGUAUCAAUGGGGAGAUGAUGAAGGAAGUUACAAAGCAGUGCUUCUGACCCAGAAAGAAAAUCUCACUGGUAGAAGAGAUCGACAUGGUAGAAGGGCUGUAGGAAACAAGCUUAUUAAAAAUCAGUGUGGAGUAAUCUUUAAGUCACACGUGCUUCAUCUGCAACUAUUUCAAAGUAAAAGAAAAGUUGACGAAUGUAAUCAAGUCAAGUCUAUCAACCGUGGUUCUUCAGUUUCACCACUUCCAGAAAUUCCUUCUAGUGUCAAAACCCACGUUUCUAAAAAAGAUGAGAAUGAUUUCAUCUUUUCUUUAUCACUCACACAAGGACUAAAAGUAAACAAUAGUGGAAAACCUUACAAAUGUACUGAAUGUGGCAAGGUGUUCACUGAAAAUUUACAUCUUGAAUGUCAUCAGAGAAUUCAUACUGGAGAGAAGCCUUACAAAUGUAAUGAGUGUGGUAAAGCCUUUAGUGUUUAUUCAAAUCUAACUACCCAUCAAGUAAUCCAUACUGAAGAAAAACCUUAUAAAUGUUGCAAAUGUUGUAAGGUCUUCAGGCAAAAUGGCUCCCUUGCAAGCCAUCGAAGGAGUCAUACUAGAGAGAAACCUUACCAGUGUAAUGAGUGUGGCAAAGCCUUUAGUGUACUUUCAAGACUAACUAUCCAUCAGGCAAUCCAUACUGGAGAGAAACCUCACAAAUGUAAUGAGUGUGGCCAGGUCUUCACUAAAACUUCACACGUUGCACGUCACAGGAGAAGGCAUACUGGAGAAAAACCUUACAAAUGUAAUGAGUGUGGCAAGGCCUUCACUCAAAAUUCAAACCUUAUAUGUCACAGGAGAGUUCGUACUGGAGAAAAACCUUACAAAUGUAAUCAGUGUGGCAAGGCCUUCGCUCGGAAUUCACACCUUGUUAGUCAUCAAAGUAUUCACAGUAGAGAGAAACCUUACGAGUGUUAUGAGUGUGGCAAAGCCUUUAGUCUUCAUUCAAUCCUAACUACCCACAAGAUAAUCCAUACUGGAGAGGAACCUCACAAAUGUAAUGAGUGUGGCAAGGUCUUCACUCGAAAUGCAAACCUUGCUCGUCACAGGAGAAGUCAUACUGGAGAAAAACCUUACAAAUGUAAUGAGUGUGGCAAGGCCUUCGCUCGAAAUGCAAACCUUGUAUAUCACAGGAGAGUUCAUACUGGAGAAAAACCUUACAAAUGUAAUGAAUGUGGCAAGGCCUUCGCUCGGAAUUCACACCUUGUUAGGCAUCAAAGUAUUCACAGUAGAGAGAAACCUUACGAGUGUUAUGAGUGUGGCAAAGCCUUUAGUCUUCGUUCAAUCCUAACUACCCAUCAGAAAAUCCAUGCUGGAGAACAACCUUACAAAUGCAAUGAGUGUGGCAAGGUCUUCACUCGAAAUGCAAACCUUGCACUUCACAGGAGAAGUCAUACUGGAGAAAAACCUUACAAAUGUAGUGAGUGUGGCAAGGCCUUCACUCAAACGUCAAACCUUAUAUGUCACAGGAGAGUUCAUACUGGAGAAAAACCUUACAAGUGUAAUCAGUGUGGAAAGGCCUUCGCUCGGAAUUCACACCUCGUUAGUCAUCAAAGUAUUCACAGUACAGAGAAACCUUACAAGUGUUAUGAAUGUGGCAAAGCCUUUAGUCUUCGUUCAGUCCUAACUACCCAUCAGAAAAUCCAUACUGGAGAACAACCUUACAAAUGUAAUGAGUGUGGCAAGGUUUUCACGAAACAUUCAAAGCUUGCAUGUCACAGGAGAAGGCAUACUGGAGAGAAACCUUAUAAAUGUUAUGAAUGUGGGAAGAUCUUCAGGUAUGAUAGCUCCCUUGCAUACCAUCGAAGAAUUCAUACUGGGGAGAAACCUUUCAGAAGUAAUGACUGUGGCAAGCUCUUCAGUGCACGAUCAAAGCUUGCAAGGCAUCACAGAAUUCAUACUUGA